AUGACCUCCACCUUCCUCUCAAAAGUAGUCCUGGUCACUGGGGCCAGCUCGGGCAUCGGCCGCGAGGUGGCCGUCCACUUUGCCCGUCUUGGCGCGCAUCUGUCGAUUUGCGGCCGAAACGCAGCGGCUCUCGCGGAAACCGUCGCCCAACUGGAGCGGCAGCGGUCAGAGCCCGGUCAGCGAUUUCACCAAUCGGUGGUCGAUGUGACCGUGGAGGCCGAUGUGGAGCGACUGGUCAAGGAGACGCUGGCCGCCUUCAACGGUCAACUCGAUGUGCUGGUGAACAACGCGGGCAUCCUCGAGAUGGGCUCCAUUGAAAGCACCGACCUGGCGCAGUACGACCGCGUGAUGAACACCAAUGUACGGUCCAUCUAUCAGCUGAUGAUGCUGACGGUGCCCAGCCUGAUUGCCAGUAAAGGAAACAUCGUCAACGUCAGCUCGGUGAAUGGGCUGCGCUCCUUUCCGGGCGUGCUCGCGUACUGCGUCUCCAAGUCGGCGCUGGAUCAGCUGACCGCCUGCACCGCCGUAGAGCUGGCGCCCAAGGGCGUCCGCGUGAAUGCGGUGAAUCCGGGCGUCAUCACCACGGGCAUUCAGAAGAAGUCCGGCCUCACUGAUGAGCAGUUUGCCGCCUUCCUCGAGCGCUCCAAGCAGACGCACGCCCUGGGACGCCCGGGAGAGGUGGACGAGGUGGCGGGAGCGAUCACCUUUCUCGCCUCGCCGGCGGCCAGCUUUAUCACCGGCGCCUGCCUGCCCGUCGAUGGUGGACGACAUGCGAUGUGUCCUCGUUAG